AUGCUACCAUUGAGCACAAUCAAGGCCAUCAAGGAGGACCCUGCAUCCCCACAAGCCAUCGCAUUCAACUGGUUGCUGGACGAUUUUUCUACAAAGGUGGAAAAUGAUGUGGCCCAGUGGAAACAGCUUCAAAGAUUUGUUCUAGUGACAUUCUACUAUGCCGCCAAUGGACAAGGAUGGCUCAACAAUUCGAAGUGGCUUUCCAAUGAAGAUGAGUGCUUCUGUCAGAAUGAUGACAAUGAUGAGGGCAAGUUUCAGCAGCUUUGGCUAAAUCAAAAUGGACUCAAAGGAAAAGUCCCAGAGGAGCUCUGGUUGCUGACGUCCCUCAAGUCCCUCUCCUUAACUGACGAUUUCAAGGCAUCCAUAUCACCUGCAAUUGGUCAACUAUCCAAUUUGGAAGCUCUGAAUUUUGGUGGGGUCAACCUCCGUGAAAGCCAAAUUCCAACUGAGAUUGGACUCUGUUCCAGUUUGAGGGUCUUCUUGGCUAGCUACACUGGAUUGAGUGGCACCGUCCCCAGUGAGAUUGGGAGAUUGUUGAAGCUAGAGCAUUUCUGGGUGGAUGAUGAAAACAAUCUUUCUGGUUCUCUUCCUACACAGAUUGGUUUGCUUUUUUAG